AUGGCAAAGCCGUUGACCCUGUUUGCAUACCCAACUCCUUUGAGUACGGGAUGCGGUGUGCAGUCCGGUUUCAGUGUCAACUUCACCUUCUCUCUCCAGUCCCAGGACAGUAGUGUUGGCUCCAACGGCUUCGCAUUUGUGAUAACGGCAAAGGGCAAGGUGGUGGGGAAGACCAAUGGUGUAGGGUAUGGUGGAAUGGUCAAGCAGAGUGUAGCCAUUGAAUUCGACACGCUCCAAAAUGCUGGAUAUGUUGCUACAAACGAGCCGCAUGUGAGGCUCAACAUAGAUGGCUUGAGUACGUCAUUGGUUGCAGUGGAGUCACUAUACAGCCUGACCAACGGAGCUUCAUACACGGCAUGGGUGGACUAUGACCCUUGGAAUCGUGGCUCCAUCAAGGUGUUUCUGGCCGAUGCCAAGGAGAAGCCAGAGGAGCCGCUGCUGCAGAGGGAGAUGUCACUGUCCCUUGGCCUCGUAGUAUCAACGGACACAUUUGUUCCACCUGGAGCCAGCCCAUUCUCGCGCUAUGUGAGCACAGACUACCGAUGGACGGAUGGCAACAAGGACUCGUGGAAAAGCAGUGACUUCCACACCUGGGACUCCCUCGCCUUCCUCGGCUGGCCUGUCAAGAAUCAGAUGAACUGCAGUGCAUGCUGGGCGUCUGCGGUGGUGGCGAGUGUGGAGGCUGCGUACGGCAUCGUAUUGAAUCAAGCCGCUCCCCAGCUGUCAGUGGAGCCACUCUUUGCAGCCAUGGGGCUCACCGAUGCAGACAAGUGCACCGUUGGAGGCUCCCCCACUUCAGCAUUUGAGAAGCUUGUCACUCUUGAUGCCAGCAGUGGACUCAUGGGAGGCAGUGAUCCGGACCCUGCUUGCUACACUGCCAACUUAAACCACGUGGUGCUUGUCAUUGGCUACUUCAUCAAUCAAGACGACGGCAGCCAGAACCGCAUUGCUCCUCCGUUUUGGAUCAUUCGCAACUCAUGGGGAAUUGAUUGGGGUGACCGCGGCCACAUGCGCAUAGGCAUUGAGGGAGGGGAUGGUGUGUGUGGCAUCAACGUGUUGCCUGGCAUCUACCCCACUGUCAAGAGUAAGUCACGUACCCCAUUCUAA